GGGGCAUGAAGCCGCUGGAGAAAUUCCUCAAGAAGCAGACGUCGCAGCUGGCGGGCCGGGCCGGGGGUCCCGGGGGUCCCGGGGGUCCCGGGGGUCCCGGGGGUCCCGGGGGUCCCGGGGGCGGCGGCGGGGGGUCCCGGCCCCUGCAGCGGCGCCAGAGCGUGUCCCGCCUGCUGCUGCCCGCCUUCCUGCGGGAGCCCCCGGCCCAGCCCGGCCCGGCCCCAACGGCCCGGCCCGAGGAGGACGGCGGCGAGGAGGAGGAGGGCGAGGGCGAGGGCGAGGGCGAGGAGGGCGGGGGCCGCUGCUGGCUGCAGCUGGACGAGGGGAUGCCGGGGUCCGGGGGCGGCGGCGGGGGUCUCCCCGCACUGCGCUCCGCCUCGUCCUUCUCGUCGUCCGACGAGCUGUCCCCGGCCGAGCCGCUGUCGCCCCCGGCCUGGCCCCCGCUGGGCGCCCCCGACCUGCCCGAGAGCCUGCUGGCCCGCGUCCUCGACGGCCUGGCCGCCCGGCCCGCACCCAGACACGCCCCCGACGACCACCAGCCCCCCGCAGACAUUCUCCUCGAUGACAUCAUCCUCACCCACUCACUGUUCCUGCCCACGGACCAGUUCCUGCGUGAACUCCUGCACAGCUUCGUGCGGGCGGGUGGGCUGGGGCUGGGGCUGGGGGAGCUGCAGGGCCCGCGCAGGAAGCAGGCCUGCCUGGCCGUGCUUCUCCACUUCCUGGACACCCACCAGGGACUCCUUCAGGAGGACGAGGCCGCCGGACGCAUCAUCAAGGACCUGUAUCUCCUCAUCAUGAAGGACGAGGAUCUCUACCAGGAGCUGCAGGAGGACAUCGUGAAGCUUCAUCAGCUCGUGGGAACCGUGGAGCUCAAGAUCCCGGAGGAGAAGCCGCCGCCCAGCAAGCAGGUGAAGCCGCUGUUCCGCCACUUCCGCCGCAUCGACUCCUGCCUGCAGACCCGGGUGGCCUUCCGGGGCUCUGACGAGAUCUUCUGCCGCGUCUACAUGCCCGACCACUCGUACGUGACCAUCCGGAGCCGGCUGUCCGCCUCCGUGCAGGACAUCCUGAACUCCGUGGCCGAGAAGCUGCAGUACUGCGAAGAGCCCGCCGGCCGGCUGGAGACCCUCAUCCUGGUGGCCGUGGCUUCCUCCGGGGAGAAAGUGAUCCUGCAACCCAGCGACGACUGCGUCUUCACCACGCUGGGCAUCAACAGUCACCUGUUCGCCUGCCCCCGCGAUGGCUUCGAAGCUCUGGCGCCCCUCCCAGAGGAGAUCCCGGGCUCUCCCGGGGACGUGGAGAUCCACCGGGCCGAGGCCGAGGAGAUCGCCGCCCACCUCACGGCCUUCCACUGGGAGCUGUUCCGCUGCGUGCACGAGCUGGAGUUUGUGGACUACGUGUUUCAUGGGCAGAGGGGUCGCCGGGAGACGGCCAACCUGGAGCUGCUGCUGCAGCGGUGUAGCGAGGUGCAGCACUGGGUGGGGACUGAGGUGCUCCUUUGCCAGCCACUCGCCAAGCGCGCCCAGCUGCUCAAGAAGUUCAUCAAGAUCGCUGCCGUCUGCAAGCAGAAUCAGGACAUGCUGUCCUUCUACGCCGUGGUCAUCGGGUUGGACAACGCUGCCGUGAGCCGCCUGCGGCUGACCUGGGAGAAGCUGCCCGGAAAAUUCAAGAAUCUCUUCCGCAAGUUCGAGAACUUGACAGACCCCUGCAGGAAUCACAAGAGUUACCGCGAGGUCAUCUCCAGAAUGAAGCCCCCCGUCAUUCCCUUCGUGCCUCUGAUUCUCAAAGAUCUGACCUUCCUGCACCAGAGUAGCAAGACCCUCCAGGAUGGGUUGGUCAACAUUGAGAAACUGCACGCCGUGGCCGAAAAAGUGCGGACCAUCAGGAGGUACCGGAGCCGACCGCCCUGCCUAGAGAUGGAGGCAUCUCCUCACCACCUGCAGACCAAGGCCUACGUCCGGCAGUUCCAGGUCAUCGAUAACCAGAACCUGCUGUUUGAACUCUCCUACAAGUUGGAGCCAGACAGCCAGUGAGGGGCAGGCGGGCGGGGGGGGCAAGGAGGAGGGGCCCGCCCCACGCCUGCCCCACUGGGCCCGGGCGCCAAGCCUGAUGACACUCAAGCACUUUGAACACCCCCAUCCCGGCCCCCCGACCCCUUCCCCGAAGGGGGGUGGCGGGGGAGUCCCUAUAGCACUGGCCCCUUGGACUUGCCCUGCCGGCCCCUGCUUGCCCCCUCCCUCCCUGGGGAGGGGGGCGGGAGGGCUCGGACCCCUCCCGAAGCUAGGACUUGGGGGGCCUGAGGGCUGGUUUCUCUCUCUUUUCCUCCCUUCCCUCUGCUCCCCGGGGGGAGCCCCUCCAGAGGAUGAGGGUCGGAUCUGGUGGGUGUUAGCGGGAAGGCACCCCGGGACCAGGGUGGGGACCUAGUUUGGUGCUAACCCUGACACUCCUCCCCCGUUCCCCCCCCGAAGCCCCCACGCGGAGCAAGAGGGCGUGAGUCGGCGGGCUGGGGCUCUGAUGCCCGUUGCCCCCUCCACCUCUUUCCUUCCCUUUCUUCUCUCCCCCGGGUCUCUCUUCACCCCUGGUCCCCCCCUUUGCCCUUUCCCCGCCUCCAGCCUCCGUCGCCUCUCCGAGUGCCGCCCCGUCGGUAAAGGCCACCCCGUGGGGCCGGGACCGGCGGGCGUCCCCACCCGGGCCCCGGGAAGAGCACCGCUCAGGGAAACAGGAGGGGUCGCCGGGGCUGGGUGGGCGCCUCCCUCCACCCUGCCGCCGGAGGGGGAAACUGAGGCCCGCCCGCCCUCGGCUCCCCCUUUUCGUCUACUUUCUCUGCGACCCAAGGGGACCCCCUCUCUCCUGCCACUCCCCCCAACCUCAGCCACUGGCUCCGGGGAGCACCUGUCUGAAACCCGCCCCCCACCACAGAGACGUCGGUACCCCCUUCUCUUCCCGCCACCCGGGGCCCCCCAGAAGGGGCAAGGCGGCCCCUGGGUCCCGAUAAAGGCUCGGUUCUACUGUGGUUCCUGGGACUUCCCCAUCCCCAGCCCUAGCGGGGCUACUGCCGCUGCUCUGAGAAUGUAUAUAUUUUUUACCAAAUGCUCUCUAUGUAUGUGUAAAUUUAUUUUUUAAAGAAAAGCUGAGGGACAGAGCUCUGUAUUAUACGUCGCUCCGGAAGACGCGGUCCCUUUUGUAUGGCGCUGCUGCCCCGCCCCACCUCCCGCUCACCCUGACACACGCACACCCACGCCAGCCCCAACUCCCACCGACAGGCCCGCACAACUCCAGCCCCCGCUGGCACACGCACCCACACUCAAAAACACACACGUGAUCACACAAACACACACACACACACACACACAAUUCUCUCCUCUCCACACACUCGCGUACAACGUCCUUGCUUGCUCCCCCGUCUCCCCAAGAUGUUCCCCUCCACCCCAAACUCGGAAUCCCCCGCCGACCCCCCGGGUUCGUGGGCCCUCUCUUCCGUAUUGUGUCAAUUGUUGCUGGGGGGGGCCUCCGGGUGGACGGACACUCAAUAAAGAACCUCCGAAUUAACGGUC